AUGCUGAGCCCAAUAGAAGUUUUUCAGUAAAUGGUGAAAUCUGACACCUAAUUUGUCAAUAAUUCAACAUUAAGUUCAUUUAAUACUUUCAAAUAAAGAUUAUCAAGUUUGGGAUUUAGUUCGCGAAGCAACAGCAGUUUCAUAAGUGAAACAUUAGCCACUACGACAACAACUUAAUCUUCGCAUUUUAACUAUUAGAGCAAUUAGACUUUGAAUAAAAUCGAUGAAUGGUAAAGAAGGCAAGACUAGUUGGUUUAAUAAUUGGCCUAAUCAAAAUCAAAGAAUAUGUACAUUCCAAAUUAUCCACCAAAAUAAUCAUUCGAUUUGAGAUCAAGAUUUGAGCAGCAUAAUGCCUAAUCACUUUAAAUAAAUAUAUCCUUGGAUAAUAAAUUCCAGAGAUCCCCAUCAUUAAUUGCCCAUAUGCUGGAUUCAUAAAUUAUUUCUGAUUUAAGUGAGCAUCCAAUAAGCAAAUCUAAAACCAAAGAUGAUGAAUAGAAGAAGAAAUCAAACCUCAAAACAUCAGCACAAAAAACUGUUGAAAAAAAAUCCGUAAAAAUUGAGGAGAAGCGAAAAUCACAAUCAGAAACUAUUCCAGGGAAAAAACCAAGGGCAUCAAAAAGCGAGGUUAAACCUCCUAAGACCCCCGAUGCAAAAUUAAAGAAGUAAAAAAGCAAUUCUAGUUUGUCAUCUCCUUCACCAAAAAAAAAGAGUUCCAAACCUGGAGUGGAAUCAGUGGAUUCAUUUCUAUAAUAAUCAAAAAAGAAAAAAAAGUGA